GCUGUGAGGCUCAGGUUGGCCUUGAACUUGAGAUCCAUCUGCCUUAGCCUCCUGAGUGGCAAAUCACCAUCUUGGGUUGCUGAGUGGAUUGCCAUCCGUGUAUGUAAAACUUGACAUCUCAAUAAGUAAGAUUCUCAGAAAACAUCUAUGUCAGAGAAAGUGGGCAAUAAAUAGAUGAAGCCAAAGAUGAGUGAGACCAGACACUUCUUCAAGAGCUUUCAGGCCCUGUGAGAGGAAGCAGGCUGCUACCACGAAAAUGGCCAGGAAUGUGGCAGACCUUUUGGCUUUGAGCCAGCAGGAAGAACUAGUGGAUUUGCCAGACAGCUACCCACUGAGCACAAGUGAAGAUGAAGGGAACAGUGAUGGAGAACGGAAAUGUCAAAAGCUCCUGGAAGCAGUCAGUUCCCUUGGUAGAACGAAUAAAUGGAAGUUGGCAGAGAGAUCUGAGGCUAGUCUGAUGGUGUCAGAGUUCAAUGUCACUUCUGAAGGAUCAGGUGAAAAACUGGUCCUUUCGGAUUUGCUUGGGUCUGCUACAGAGUUAUCUUCAUUGGCUACUGUGAAAAAACAGCUGCAAAGAAUCAAGUCAAAGACUCUGACCAUACCCCUUAACAAAGAAGAGGCUGACCGGACCCUCAGGGAAGCAACAUUCAGCAAAACCUCACAAAUGCUCUCCAAGUGGGAUCCUGUCGUGCUGAAGAACCGGCAAGCGGAGCAGUUGGUUUUUCCCAUGGAGAAGGAACUGCCAGCAGUUGCUCCCAUUGAACAUGUUUUCACUGGCUGGAAAGCAAGAACCCCUCUGGAACAAGAAGUUUUUAACCUCCUUCAUAAGAACAAGCAGCCAGUAACAGAUCCUUUAUUGACUCCCAUGGAAAAAGCCUCCCUCAAAGCCAUGAGCCUGGAAGAAGCCAAGAUACGCCGAGCAGAGCUUCAGAGGACUCGAGCUCUGCAGUCCUAUUAUGAGGCUAGAGCUCGAAGAGAGAAGAGAAUCAAGAGUAAAAAGUACCACAGAGUUUUAAAGAAAGGAAAGGCCAAGAAAGCCUUAAAAGAGUUUGAGCAGCUGUGGAAGGACUGCCCAAGUGCUGCAUUGCAAGAACUAGAAAAAAUGGAAAAGGCCAGAAUGACAGAACGGAUGAGCCUUAAGCACCAGGGCAAGGGGAAAUGGGCAAAGUCUAAGGCAGUUAUGGCCAAGUAUGACCUGGAGGCUCGAAAAGCUAUGCAAGAACAAUUGGCUAAGAACAGAGAACUGACACAGAAACUCCAGGUAGUUUCAGAGAGUGAGGAAGAGGAUGAGGGCACAGAGGAGGGAAUAGUCCCUGUCUCUGAUGGAAUGGAUGACCUACGGAUGAAUGCAGAUGCUGUAAAUCCCUGGAUGCUGAGCAGUUGCAACAGCAGUGCAGAAGGAGGUGACAUCAAGACAGACCCUGAACAGAUGCCUGAAUUUGUGGCCCAUGCAUCUUCUGAGAGUGAGGGAGGUGAAAGACCAGUGGCAGAAGAACUUGUGUUGAAAGAAAGAUCCUUUCAAGAAAGAGUUGAUUCCAACAAUGCUAAGCCAGUGGAUAUCCAAGAAACAGAAGACUCUAAUAGCCAGGAGGUGUUUUCUGAAUCGAGAAUAUUGCUUCAGAAACUCAACAAGGAAAAUCAUCAAUCUGAGGAUCAAGAAGUGAGUUCAGUGGAAACUGUUCUCCAUAUCCAGAGAGAGGACCUUGCCUCAGAGAAGUUCUUGGUGCUCCAAAGGCUAGAGAGAGCACAUGUUCUGGAGCAACGAGGAGAGUUGGGCAAAGAGGAACAUUAUCCAAAAAAGGAGCUUUCCGGACCUGUGUUGAAAGGGGUGUGGAAGGAAAUGAAUCCACCCACCCACCCUGAUGCCUCUGGAGGAAAGAAAAAGAAAGAACAAAUGAUUAAUCUACAGACCCUCCUAACUACUCCGUCUCCUCCUGUGAAGUCUUUGGCAGUGCCCACAGUACAGGAGUUGGAAGAUGAAGUGGAGACAGAUCACAAGCAGCUAAUAAAGGAAGCUUUUGCUGGGGAUGAUGUCAUAAGGGAGUUCUUAAAAGAGAAAAGGGAAGCUAUAGAGGCAAAUAAACCAAAGGACUUGGACCUAUCAUUGCCUGGAUGGGGUGAGUGGGUUGGUAUGGGCCUAAAGCCCAGCGCCAAGAAAAGACGCCGUUUUCUUAUUAAAGCUCCUGAAAGUUCUCCAAGAAAAGACAAGAAUUUGCCAAAUGUGAUUAUCAAUGAGAAGCGCAACAUCCAUGCAGCUGCUCAUCAGGUGCGGGUGGUCCCACACCCAUUCACCCACCACCAGCAAUUUGAAAGAACUAUCCAGAACCCUAUUGGGUACACAUGGAAUACCCAGAGGGCCUUCCAAAAGCUGACAGUUCCCAAGGUUGGCACCAAACUAGGCCAUAUCAUUAAACCCAUAAAAGCAGAAAAUGUAGGAUACCACUCUUCCUCAAGGUCUGACCUCUCUAUCCUACAGAGCAAUCGGAAGUGCCUCUCCAGAAAGCAGCAAAAACAACUGAAGAAAAGUUCUGCAGACUGAGCUGCCAGCGGAGUAGCAUCUUUGUUCCUGGGACUAGGAACCUCUAAUGUUUCUUUUGGUUGUAUCAUCAUUCUUCAGAGUCAUUUCCUAAAUUGACGGAACUCUGUACUUAAGCCACAUUAUAGAAAUAAGGCAUUUUUAUCUAGUAAAGAGCUUACAUUCCAUUUUGAGAUAUAUGAUAAAUUUAGAAAUGAUUCAUUCAUGGAAAAAUGUAAAGUGCCUGUAUAGGUGCCUAUCCUAGGCUUAGAGAGAGAUUAGACAGAGAAGUUCAGGCUGUGAUUGGGCAGAGGAAGCAUAGGCAGCAGAAAAUGCUAAGUAGUUUAGAUAUUAAGUUAAUAGAUCCUGAUAUAGUGGCUCCUGUGUAAUCCAGCAUUCUGAGAGGUUGAGGAUCAUUUAGUCGAGACCACAGAAUGAGAACUUGGCUUAAAAACAAAACAAAACAAGCCCAAAAGGAUUCUAGGAAGAGUUAACAGGAAGAAUGAGCAAGUUUAGAGACUUGGAGAAGACAGACAAUGAAGAUAGAGGAGAAUAGAACUUAACAAUAAUGUGUUGCAUGUUACAACUAAGGUUAUAGUCUGCCAUGCCUAGACAGCUUUCCUAGUGCAAAAGGGAACCUGACCCCAAUCUUUUACCUGAGGAAUGUCAUGUAAUCCUUGGAGGAAAUUACAGGUUCAAUUUCCUGGAAUGUUUUUUCAUGCAAAUGAGGUAUCCUCUGAACCUUAAACCUCAGCUAAUGAAACUUCACCUUAAGAAGAACUCCUUCCCACUCUUCCAGGAUUAAUAUAUAUAGCCCUUGAUUCACCCUAAAUAAAGUAUAUGUGCACAAACUGUU